GUUACCGGUUUCUGUGGGGUUGUCUCUUUUUGCAAAGGAGUGGAAAAUUAAUCGACCAAAAUGCUUUAUUUAGAGGAUUAUUUAGAGAUGAUCGAGCAACUUCCAAUGGACUUAAGAGAGCGGUUCACAGAAAUGCGCGAGAUGGACCUCCAAGUACAAAAUGCAAUGGACAACCUGGAAGAACGACAAAACAAGUUUUUUGAGGCUGCAAAGAAAACAAAUUCAGGAAAGCCAGAGUUGAAGAAUUAUGAAGCCAUCAGGAAGGAUUAUUACAAAGUCUUGGAGGACUGUGAUGAGAAAGUUCAGUUGGCGAACCAAGUUUAUGAUUUGGUGGAUCGCUACUUGCGGAAACUAGACCAGGAACUGAAUAAGUUUAAAAUGGAACUGGAAGCAGACAAUGCUGGUAUCACUGAAGUCCUAGAAAGAAGGUCAUUAGAGCUGGACAUUCCACAGAAGCAACUCCAGGCACCGACGAGGGGAGAAAAGAGGAAGAACCACAUGGAGAAUCACACAGACAAGAAGACCCUCUCCGAGAAGAAGCUUCUGUCCAGCCUCCCCGUGGACGUCUCCCAGGAGAUGCUGAGCUUCCGCACCAGCAGCCUGACGACCAAGGCCGCCUCCUCCCUAAUGGAGGGCCGGGAGUCUGGGGCUUCCCAGCCCGCCUUGUCCUACAACCUGGGCCACGUGGGUGCUGGCAGUAACGCCAUAGCGCUAGCAGCUGCCCAGGCUGUCUCCAACACUCUACAGAUGCAACAGGGUAGGCGAACGGCCAGCCUGAAGGCCAGUUACGAGGCGCUAAAGUCGGGGGGCUUCAGUGGACUGGGAGCAGUGGGCAGAGACAUCAGCCAGUCAGCAUCGUCAAGCACGUCAGCGGCCACCUCCACGACCCUCACCAGCACGGAGAGCAGCAGGCACAGAGGUAGAAGGACAAACUCCAGGGCCUCCACGCCUAGUGUCACAAAUGUCCAGUCGCAGGCUCCGACGACAACCUCGACGCAGCCCCUGGCGGACCUGCUGACAGACAGCAUCCUGGACGACUCUAACCCGCAGACCGCCGACUGGACCUACGACCCCAAUGAGCCCCGCUACUGCCUGUGCAAUCAGGUGUCGUACGGCGAGAUGGUCGGGUGUGACAAUGCCAACUGUCCCAUCGAGUGGUUCCACUACGGCUGCGUGGGCAUCACCAACCCCCCUAAGGGCAAAUGGUACUGCCCGCAGUGCACGGUGGCCAUGAAGCGUCGCGAGAAGAAGGACUCCAGCAACAAGAAAUGAGAAAAGUUCAGUGCAAUAGUUACAGCUUCCCGACAUUGGUCAUCGCCAUUCAGCCUGAAAUCCUUGCUGUUUUGGAAGUUGGUUCUAAAUGUGAAGAAGACAGACUCUUCCAAAAGUGUGUCCCUGCAGCCGCGUCUGCUGUUUAAGGUCGCAAUAGAACAGCCAGUGUGACGGAGCCUUACUUUACAAAGCUGGAAGACUCGGGCAAUGCUCUCCGACAGCUUUUCUUGACUGGGCAUAUUAAAGCAGUGUGUGACACAUUGCAGGAGGUUGUGCAUGUGUGCUCAGCAAUGUGGUUGUUUUUCCAGCGAAAAUGAUCUGCGGUUACAUAGUAUGAAAUUGGAGUCAAGAACAGGUUCUCUUUCUCCUGUGAACAGUCUUUCUUGUGAAUAACGGAUUUUCCCCCAAGAAACUUGCUAACAAUUAAUAGAAUCACUGAUCUUGCUUAACAUGUAUGUUGGUGUUUUUUUUGAGAAAGAAAUAGUCAAAAAGUAACAAAGAAGAUUGCCUUUGGAACCCCCCCUCAAAAAUCUGUUCACAACCUGCUUUCCUAAACAAUGGAUAUGUGACUGUUUAUGAAUCACUGAGAAACAACAUAUUUUAAAAUCUUAAAGUCUCUCUGGUAUUCAUCUUCUUGAAGGGGUCAAGAAAUAAAGGCAUACAAACUUAUUCAAAUUAUGUUCAGACUUUUUGUUUGUCCAGCUGUGUGACGUGGCUUGCUUAUAAACCCAAAUCUACACAUAAAUUGAAGAGUGCUCAGUCUGUAGUGAUAUGCAAUAUCUGAAAGCUAAUAUCUGUGGUACUGAAUGCUCAAAUGUUUACACUAAGUUCCAAGUCCCAAUACUGAUUUGAGGAAAUGUAUACUAAGCAUUACAUAAUUGUUGUCUUAUGGCCAGUUCAUGCAUGGUGUAAAAGUAAACGCGAGUAAGAUUUUGUGACCGAUUAAAUCUACGCUGCGAGUUUGCCUAACUUGAACACUUUUCAACUCGAGUGAGUUUGGCUGCAAAUAUUUUGUGAUGUCAAGUUUGCUGUGCUCUCGCGUUCAUCGGAAGUAUGAACUGGUCUUUAUCCUGUCUAUGCCAAGUUCAAAAACAUUUAGAUAUGCUGAUCCACAAGUUGAUUUGUUCUAGACCCAUCUUCUCAAAGUAAAAGUGAUCAGUCUUUUUAUUUCUGUUUCUUUCAAUGUAUGAUUUUAUUCUUUGGUAAUGAGAAAUACUGAACGAGCUGUAACAGGUGCCGUUCACAGAAGUACUAAUAUGGCUAAAUAAGAGCUUGUCAAUGAAUGUUG